AUGAAACUCCAAUUACCAUCUUUGCUUAUCGCAGGAAUACCAACAGCAGCAGCAGCAUUCUCCCAAGUACCAUUCCAAGAAACCCCCGAGGUCGAAGCCUUCCAAGUCUACCAAAGUCAAUUUUCCGAGCACCAUUCCAUCCGCAUCAAACACCAGCAAAACGACACCCUCUGUGAUGCGCGGUCCAAACAGUACACCGGCUGGCUGGACGUCGGCACAAAGCACCUCUUCUUCUGGUUUUUCGAGUCCCAGGACAAGCCUGCUGAGGAUCCGUUGUUGUUGUGGCUCACGGGCGGACCGGGGGGCUCGUCGAUGAUCGGACUGAUGCAAGAGCUGGGACCGUGUGUGAUCAACGAAUAUGGUAAUGGGACCGUGUACAACGAAUAUGGGUGGAGCAAGAAUGCGAAUAUUAUCUUCGUUGAUCAGCCGGCUGGGGUGGGGUUUAGCUAUAUCGACGAAGGCGGGCUGGUUCCUGCGACGAGCUUCACUGCGGCGGAGGAUAUGCAUCAUUUCCUGCAGUUGUUCACGAGUGACGUUUUCCCUCACCUAUCGGAGACGGAGUUCCAUAUCACGGGUGAGAGUUACGCUGGCCAUUACGUUCCAACUCUCGGUGCGCAAAUCGUGUCGCAGAAUCUUUUGUAUCCUAAACGACCGCAAGUCAACCUGCAAUCUAUUUUUGUUGGCAACGCACAGGUUUCUCCUCUUGACAGGGCAUUCGGCUACUGGGAGACGCUCUGCACGACGAAUCCCGGCGUCGAGACACCUAUCUUCAACCAAACCCGCUGCGACAUCAUGGCCACUCACCUUCCGCGUUGCAUGGCCCUCACGCGCGUAUGCUACAGCCACCCCGACCCCGCGAUCUGCAUUGCUGCCGAUCAAGUAUGCUGGACGGGUGUUGUCGAGCACUACGACGGCGAAGCAGGCGCGGGAGGCCGAAGCCGAUACGACAUCACAAAGCCGUGUACUACCAAAGACGACUUCUGCUACCCCGAGAUCAAGCAGAUCGAGGAAUACUUGAAUCUACCGUGGGUGUGGGAAGCUCUGCACGUCCCGAAAGCAGUGAAGAAAUUCCGCGCCGCCUCCAUGGAGAUUAUGAUCGCCUUCUCGAGCACCGAUGAUAUGGGGACUAGUACGCAGCCCCAAGUUCUGUAUCUGCUGGAGAGCGGCAUCGAUGUGCUGUUUUACCAGGGUAACUUUGAUUUGGCGUGCAAUACGGCGGGGAAUCUACAGUGGGCGAGCACCAUGUCGUGGAAGGGACAGCCGGCUUUUGUUGCGCAGCCGAAGAGGGUGUGGGAGGACGGUGGGAAGAAGAUUGGGUGGUUCAAGGAGGUCAAGACGAAGACUGCGAGUGGGAGAGAGACGAUGUUUGCAUUUAGCACUGUCGACGGGGCGGGACAUAUGUUACCAUUCGACAAGCCAAAGGAGGCGCUUGCACUGGUGGAUAGGUGGUUGACGAAGAGGAGUUAUGCGUAG